AUGCCGAGAGACAAAAACUUUGCCAGAGUCAGGAUCAAGGCAUUUGUAACCUUUGUGGAGAUUACUGAUGCCAAUGAAGAUGCAUUUUUUGGACCUAAAAUCAAGCUUGUGUUUGUUAAAGGGUCGGAGAUAAGGAUAACAAGCACAACCGAAAGUCUUAAUGAUAGUGAAAUCGAGUGCUUUGUGAAAGAGUUUUUCAAACGGGAAAAUGCCGAGAUGAGCAGUUGGAAGCCAGUAAAUGAGAUAGGCGUGGAGGUCAUCUCAAUUUCAGGGGGUCUUCUUCUUUCUCAGAGGCAAUACAUCCUUAAUCUCUUGAACAUAAUCGAGGCUAAGCCAGUUUCCUUUUUCUUGUCCUCCUCUCAGCAGUUACCGUUUUUUUAUGUCAACCCUUGUCUUGAUGAGAAUUUAUUUCACAUCAUGGUGGGAGCCCUUCAGUAUCUAUCUCUCACUCGCCCAGAUAUCUCAUUUGCAGUGAAUAAAGUAUGCCAAUUCAUGCACAAGCCAACAGACAUCCAUUGGACUGUCGUUAAACGGAUACUGAGGUACCUUAAAUUUUCUAUUGAUUUUAGUUUACUCAUCAAGCCUAGCCCAUCCACACAACUCUCAGUCUAUUCUAAUGCGGACUGGGCUGGCUCACCUAACGAUCGUAAGUCCACUUUUGGCUACUACAUAUACUAUGGCCACAACCUUAUUUCAUGGAGCUCCAAAAAGCAGCUCACCGUGGCUCGAUCAAGCACCGAGGCAGAAUAUCGUGUUGUUGCUCACGCUACUGCUGAGGCCUUAUGGCUUUUAUCUUUGCUUCGUAAACUUUAG